AUGGUAAUAGUUGAGAUCUAUUCGAGCAACCCUCAGAGCUGCGGUGAUAGCAGCUGUGUAAUUCAAGCGGGGCAUGAUCUCACAAUCAAUGAAGAGGAUAUAUCCUAUGUAAGCUCUCAUCAGAUCUUCCAAGUGCAAAGGCUACCGCCAUACUCCAAAGAUGGUUUGUACAGUCCACGUCUUGUUUCCAUUGGCCCUUUUCAUUAUGGAAAGGAGGAGCUGCAAGGCAUGGAGAAGUCAAAAUCUGAGGCAGUUAGAAGGAUGCAAAAGAGGAUCGAGAGGAGUAAUCCACACGUUUCUAUUAAAUCAAUUGUUGAACAGCGCAUCCUGUUUAAGGAGAAGAAGAUAAGGAAUUUCUAUGGUGAAUAUAAUCCCCUUACUUCUAUAGAACUAGCAUGGAUGGUCACCAGGGAUGCAUGUUUUGUUUAUGAAUUUAUUGUAAGUUAUAUUGAAGUUGACAGGAAUGCUCAGCAUUCAUAUGAAACCCAAGUAUGUCAAUUUGAGUAUGUUCAAUGCUUUUAUAAAGAAGAAGUGAGUGCGUUUAAGUGGAAGUAUGAUGCUGUGUUUGAUGCCGAUGUUCAAAAUCCCAUGAGAGAAAGACUAAUGACUGAUAUACUUCUUUUUGAAAACCAAAUACCAUUCUGGAUUUUGAAAGAUCUCCUUAAAUUCCAGACGGGUUCUGCUGAAGCUGCAAAACAUAAGGUAGAAAAUUUAAUGAAUAUGCUGCUUUGGAGAGCGGCUAGACAUGAAUUUUUUAUGUGGAAACCUAGAGUUUCUUUCGACAUGUAA